AUGGUUGAUAACUGCCCCAGUGGUAACUGUGGACUAUCAGCGGGAACUACCUAUUACGGUCCAAGACCAUUCAAGUCAGUCCAAGGACCUUCAUGGGCAUGGUUAAUGCGCGUUUUCAGACCAGCCCAUGGACUGCCCGAUGGAGACAUUGAUAGCUUUAAGUCGGAGAUCCGUGUAGAAUUAAAUCCUAUUGGUUCCCUGCGAGAAUUGUGCGUUGCCCGUCACUUUCCGAUUCCUAAAUAUACGUUUUAUGUUAAUAGCUUAAUGACACAUAAUCCAACGUUUAAUGUGGUGUGUUCCAUAUCUAUUUACGUCGCCUCAGGCACAGAUUCAACUAAAAAAGGAGCUAAAAAAAAAGCGGCUCAUGAAAUGUAUAAGCUAAUUGAAAGAUUGGCUUCAGAAGAUGUGCAUGAUACUAUUGACACUAAACGUGAAUAUAAAGAUGCAUCUCAUAACACUAUUUCUUUUUGUCAUGAAUCGGUGAAUUUUUUGAAGACCUUUUUUGGUUCAACUGGUGCACCCAAAACGCCACAUUCACAAACUAUAGAGAAAAACUCAAAUAAAUGCAAAUUGACAGCUGCUGAUACUUUGAAAAUAAUUUCAGAAAGAGAAAAUUUUACUUUAAGUUGUGUCGUGCCUUCUCAAAAUAGCGAUACAGUAGAGGUUUUGAUGCAGGCAAAUACUACUCCACUAAUUGUGAUUUCACAAUUAGGAAAAAAUGAAAACGAUGCUCAAGAAUCUGCUGCUUAUUAA